UGGAAAUGAUGCAUCAACUGCUUCCUCCUAUGACAUGAAUACUGGGAGUUAUCAAGAAUCUGCCAACCAAACACUAGGGAGAUAUUUUCUUCCAGACACCAAAGAGAAGCAACAGCUCAGGAUGACUAAACUCUGCGAUCCCCCAGAAAGUAAAUUGUCACCAUUUCUCAUCACCUUACUGUUAGCAGUUUUACUUGCUGAAUACCUCAUCGGUAUCAUUGCAAAUGGAUUCAUCACGGCUAUACAUGCAGCUGAAUGGGUUCAAAAUAAGGCAGUUUCCACAAGUGGCAGGAUCCUGGUUUUCCUGUGUAUAUCCAGAAUAGCUCUCCAAAGCUUCAUGAUGUUGGAAAUUACCAUCAGCUCAAACUUCCUAAGUUUUUAUUAUGAAGAUGCUGUAUAUUAUACAUUCAAAAUAAGUUUUAUAUUCUUAAAUUUUUGUACCCUGUGGUUUGCUGCCUGGCUUAGUUUCUUCUAUUUUGUGAAGAUUGCCAAUUUCUCCUACCCACUUUUCCUCAAGUUGAGGUGGAGAAUUUCUGGAUUGAUGCCCUGGCUUCUAUGGCUGUCCGUGUUUAUUUCCUUCAGUCACAGCAUGUUCUGCAUCAACGUCUGCACUAUGUAUUGUAACAAUUCUUUACCUAUGCAUUCCUUCAACUCCACUAAGAAAAAGUACUUCUCUGAGACCAAUGUGGUCAGCCUGGCUUUUUUCUAUAACCUGGGGAUUGUGGUUCCUCUGAUCAUGUUCAUCCUGGCAGCCACCCUGCUGAUCCUCUCUCUCAAGAGACACACCCUAUACAUGGGAAGCAAUGCCACAGGGUCCAGGGACCCCAGCAUGGAGGCUCACAUGGGGGCCAUCAAAGCCACCAGCUACUUUCUCAUUCUCUACAUUUUCAAUGCAGUUGCUCUGUUUAUCUACCUGUCCAACAUCUUUGACAUCUACAGUCUGUGGAAUAUUUUGUGCCAGAUCAUCAUGGCUGCCUACCCUGCCAGUCAUUCAAUUCUACUGAUUCAGGAUAACCCUGGACUCAGAAGAGCCUGGAAGCGGCUUCAGCUUCGACUUCAUCUUUACCCAAAACAGUGGACUCUGUGACCAGCACCCAAGAAGACCACAGGACCUAGAUCUCUCUCUUCUCUCCUCUUUUCUUCUCCAGCCCUGAUCUGACCCUUUCAUCUGAUGUGGUUUUUUAUACAGGAGACUGAUCAUUUCUCUUUUGCUUCGUGGGUACAAUCUUAGUGGUGCUUGUCGUAUUCUUUACCUGAGCCCUCUACCUCUGCUGGCUCUGUCUAAAGCAGUAAUUCUAUGCACUGGUUACACAUUAGAAUCUCUAGGGUUCAUUUUUUAAAAUACCAAUCUUCAUACCCAAUCUCAGCUCUAUUAAGUCAGAAUUUCUAGUGUUAGACAAUUGUCCAAGUUCUCCAGGUGAUUCUGCUGUGCAGCAGGGUUGUAUAGCCACCAAAAUAGAAGAAUGUUCUGAAACUUGAGUUUCUGACAACUCUCUUUCUCCCUCCACAUGCCUUUUAGAUUACUUGGGAAGUUUUCUGAGCAGAAAUUUAAAAUGCAUUUAUCUCCAUCUUCCAAAGAUAUAACCAAAAUAAUGUGGAACUAUCUAUCAAAAUUAAUAAUGCAUAAAACAUCUUUCAACCUAAAAAUUACUAAGAAUUUUUUUCUAAGCAUGGUUGGGUAUACAUAAGCAAAAAUAUGUACAAGAGGAUCUUCAUAGCUGCACUAUUCAUUCAUGAGGGGAAUUGAAUGUCUGAAAUGAAUAUUAUGUUAAUCUUUUUAAAUGAGAUAGAUACAUGUAUCCUGAGAUGAAAAGAUUUCCAAUACAUAGUACAAAGAGCAAGGAGAUAUUUUAUGAUUCCUUUUGUAUUUCUUUUUUUCAUAAUAUUUAUAUAUUUGUGUGCAUAUAUAUGUACAUACAGUUUCUGGACAAAUAUACCAAAAACCAAUUCACAGAGGGCUUCUGAGUGGUGUCAUUGGGUAUCUGGGGAAUAAAUGAAAUAGUUACAAUUUAUUUUAUGCCUUUAUGCAUUGUUUGAACUACUUAGAACACAUAUUCACUAAUUUCAAAAUUUUGAAAGAUUUAUAUUGAUUUUUAUUAGAAAGAGAAAUGGUAAGUAAAAAAGAUUUGAGAGAAAGGAUUGUGCACAUUGAUUUAUUGAUUGACUCUCUCACUAUUGGUUUUUAUUAAAAAUGCAAACAAAUCACAAAUUAAGCAUUAAGCGAAUCACUCUCCUAUCACUACCUCUUAUUUUUCCAUUUUAUUUGCUCAAGGGUUGCCAUGGAAACAUCACAGGCUUUCAAUCCAUUGACACCUCUAUAUUCUCUGUCCCUCUAUCAGGCCUCUCCUCUCUUCCUUUCAUAUUCAGUUUGGAUUAUUGGUCAAUCAUUAUACUUACCCUUCAAAAAUAUCUUUGACAUUUACAGAUGAAAUGAGCUGCAUCUGUGAUUUGCUUUAAAAUAAUCCAGCACAGGGCAAAGGAGUAGAGAAUGGGGAGGUUUAGAUUAUUCUUAUGCUAAUGCUUUUUUAAAACAAGGCUUCUGGCAUG